AUGUCGGCACCAGCGGCAGAUUUGAGCUAUGUGGUAUUGGCUGGUCUCUCGGCCUUUGGGUGCGCGGCUGUGGCAGUCGGUGGUGGUAUAGGAGGAGGUGCAUUGUAUAUGCCGGCCUUUGUGGCAGUGAUGGGAGAUGCCCAUUGGGCUGUUCCUCUGUCUAAAGUGGCAAUCAAUGGUGUCGCAGUCAGUGCGACGAUAUUCAACCUACGUCAGAGACAUCCUACAUACGAUCAGCCUUUAAUAGACCUGGACAUCGGGCUCUUGUUGGAGCCGCUUACUCUACUUGGUAGUAUGCUUGGGGUGUACCUUAACGUGGCGAUGACCAGCGUAGAGAUAUUCUCUUGCUUGGUAUUGGUACUAUCUAUUACAGCAGCCUUGACGUUUAGGAAGGCUAUCCAACGACGACGGUUGGAGGAAGAUGCCUCCGUUGACGACGGUCUGGGUGGAGCGGAGAUGGGCCUUCUGGUCUCAGCCUCUGCUCGUCCUUCCUCGGGAGUGGAUCGUAGUGUUGUCGAUAAAGCGAGCAGGAUUCUCCGGGAAGAGGCUAGUCUCCAGCCCAUGAAAGCUUGGGCACUACUUGUGCUCUGGCUUGCUAACGGCGCUCUGCUUUACCUGGCCGAGGGGCCGGCUGAACUGUUGUGUGGAGGGACGGCUCAGAAGGUACCUCUCUUGAGUGGCUAUGGUAUCUACGGUCGUCGUUUUAUGUAUUCUCGUUACUGGGAUGAGGCCGGCCUCCCUCCCUCGCCUGUGGUCUAUAACAAAGUCAAUACCAUCGUCUAUCCCCUCUUGAGCUGCUUCGCUGGGGUAUGCGCAGGCUGCCUUGGCAUAGGUGGAGGCCUUAUAAAGGUGCAAUGCUGCAGUCUAGGGAAGCUCUCCAGUGCUGGGUGUCAGGGCCCAUUGCUGCUCCAGCUGGGCAUGGUCCCCCAGGCUGCCACUGCCACUAGCAUAUGGAUGAUACUAUUCACUUCCAGCAGUAGUGGGGCUUGGGCGGGCAGUCGGAUCUUGGUCAGGAAGAUCAAAGAGUCUGGAAGGCAGUCGACUGUGGCAUUUCUCAUGGGUGAGGGAGACUGCUUUGAUAGUCGUAUCAAUGCUCUGUAUGGUGGGGGUAUCUGUAUACGACCAUAUGUCUGCCAAGGCUGGAGGUCUGAGGAGUAG